UUGUCAAAAGUUUUGUUUAUAGCAGACAUGAAUUUAUUUUUAUUUUUUAUUAUAAUUUUUUCAACCAUGAGAAGUGCUUACAGUUUUGUUGAUUUAUCCUACUUUAGCACUUAUGUAUCAAAUUUGGUGGACGAUAAGGAUAACGAAUGCUCAGAAGCAAAAAUUCCAAAAGAAAUGUGUGAUGAAAAUCAAAUAAUGUUACAACUAGCUAAAAUGUAUAUUGUUAGUCCCGAACGUGUUUUAAUGCUUUUAACUACAGAUUCUCUGCAAGAAACUUGUAAGAAUUUAUCGGAAGCAAUGGAGAAAAUCAACAAAACCCAAACAGGAUGCAUACCAUUGAAUUCUGAGAAUCUUUAUAUGAAACUUUUGAAGACAGUCAAAUUUUUUGAUGCAAGUAUUUGUCAGGGUGAUAGUCGGUUGAAAAAAAAAAUAGACAAAAUUGGAGACUGUUUACCUGAAUUGCGAGAAGAAUUUCUUGAUUGCGAAGGGGCACCAGAUUGGUAUGAAAAUAUUAACGAUACACUGCGUUGUCAAGCCCUCAACGAUAUAACAAACUGCAACUACAUAAGAACUGCAAUGUUAUGUGGACUGGAGCCAGCAGCUGUUAUAAGAGGAUUUACUACUGAACUUUUUCAACAAGCCUUCCCAUAUAAGUCAAAAUGUAAGGUAUCCCGGUCAUUACCACUGGUAGAGGAUCCAAUGUCCGCUUCAACAAAGCGACACAAAAUUAAUUUUUUACUAAACUUGAUGUUAUUUAUUUUUCUCCUCUAA